GAGAUCAAGAGUAUAGCUACCCAUACAGACAACUAAGUAAGAUAGGGCUGAAUCGGAACAAUGUGGAUGAAGACCAUGUUCUUGGUGCUCCUACUAUGCAUGCUGGUGGCGACACCAAUGGCGGCCGAGUACGGCGUGGGGAGCCAUAACAGUGGUCCUUGGAUGUGGUGUGAUCCGGCGAUGGGCCACAGGGUGAGCCCGCUCACGGGAUGCCGAGCAAUGGUGAAGCUCCAGUGCGUGGGCAACCAGGUGCCGGAGGCUAUCCAAAGAGACUGCUGCCAGGAGCUCGCCAACAUCACCAACGACUGGUGCAGGUGCCAUGACCUCGGCAGCAUGCUGAACAGCGUGUAUCAGGAGCUCGGCGCGCGGGAGGGAACGGAGGUGUUCCCGGGUUGUCGGAAGGAGGUGAUGAAGCUCACAGCGGCGAGCGUGCCUGCGGUCUGCAAGGUGCCCAUUCCUAACGCGAGGGGUGGAGAAGGUGUCUGCUACUGGGCCUAGUCAAGCCAAUCUGCUUUUUAAUUAGUGUGGUGAGUGUGCACAGGAUAAAUAAAAUGAAUUAAUGGUGUAUGUGCCUAUGCGAGAGCCAUGCUUCGGGAAUAAAUGUGAACUCAAUUUCGCAUC